AUGUUGGCAACCGAGGUGAUCGACAUUAUUGGUAACUGGAAGCAAGGAGCGAAGCUGCAGAUAGUCCACCACAAAACGGAAGUGCAAUUGGUAAGUCACAUCACAGCGUGCGUAGAAAUACCUGGGAUGAUCGAUGACCGACUAAACUUCAAUAGCCACGUCGAAUAUGCCUGUGAGAAGCCUUCGAAGGCUAUCAACGCGAUACCUAUAAUCAUGCCGAACAACUCUGGUCCCAGCAGUAGCAGUGUGUCGUCGUCGAUACUGAGGUAUGGAGGUCCAGCCUGGGUUUCAGCGCUGGAAACCAAGCAGAACCAAAACAAACUGAGCGGUACGUUCCGGCUCAUGGCCAUGCGAGUCGUGAGUGCGUACAGAACUAUCUCGUCGGAAGCAGUAUGCGUUAUCGCCGGAAUGAUCCCUAUCGGCAUCACCCUCGCGGAGGACAGCGGUGCUACAGGUGGAGAGAAGCCAGAAGAGUACGGAAAGUGGUGA